CAGGAUACCUCGACCCAAUAGGCCUUCUAACUAUUUAUAGCAAUUGUCGUUAUUGUUCUUCAAUUCAACACACGGGAAAAAAAAAAAAAAACCAAGUCUACGUUUACCUCUCUCGCUCCUCCUCGUUUUCAGAUCUCGUCUUCAAUCAUGACAACUUCAAGGCGUCUUUCGGAGAGGAAGGUGGAGAAAUUUGAAAAGAACAUCAAGAAAAGAGGUUUAGUGGCUGAAAGCACAACAAAGAAGGGAAACACAUAUCCUGUUGGGCCUGUAUUACUUGGAUUCUUUGUGUUCGUUGUUAUCGGAUCAUCUCUAUUCCAGAUCAUCAGAACAGCCACUAGUGGAGGGAUGGCUUAGAGGUAUUUUCAACAUCUUGCAGCCAGCGAUGUAGGUUUACUUGUUCUAGUGUUAGUUGGGAUUCCAGUAAAUUAUCAUUGCUGGUGUCAUUGAGAGGUUGUGAAGUUCAACUAUGCUAUAUCUUUCCUAUAUCUUACAGUGGACAUGUAAUGCUAUCUUAUAUUAUGAUGAAGUUACUCUCGGCACUUCUUUAGAAUGUUAAAUAUGUACUCGUAAUGACUUCUUUAUAAUAUCUUGUGCAGAGUUUGUUUUAACUUAAUUCUUACAUUUUGGAUUUUAUGAUCA